CCUUUUUCUCUCUCUCUCUUUUUCUACAUUACAUUGUUUCAACAUGUCGAGUUCAACAACACAUACUACACGCACAAACACAAAGAGAUUGUACAUUGGUAACUUGGACGAAACCAUAGACGAUUAUGCCAUUGUAAAGAUAUUUGAAAAGUAUGGUAAAAUCACAUUUAUCGAUAAUAUGGUGCAUUGGCAAGGACCCAAGAAAGGUUUACCUAGAGGCUAUUGUUUCCUCGAAUACGAAAAAAAGGAGAAUGCACUGACUGCUAUUAAUGCGUUACAUGGUAAAACAAUGAAGGGCAAAUCACUUGUUGUCUCCUUUGCACACAUGACACCAGAGCAAGACGACGCUAAAAAACGUGGCUUUAGCGGUCGACCAAAUUCGCUGUCAAUUUUACGAGGACACAAGCUUAAAGAUUCCAGUACGGAUGCUAAAAUUCUAGCCAUCGAAAGAAAAUUAAAACUUUUACAAAAACCAACAACAGAUACAACAACAACCAACAGCAAUACAAAUCGAUACAAACCCUAUUAAAUUUCCCCCCCCCCCUUCACAACAGAUACCGCAUGAAUUUUCUUUUAACUAAAUUAUCGUUCAAUGCCCGCUUAUAGUUUUUUUUGAACAAAAAAAAAGAUAUAUAAAUCACACUUUUUUUUUUUCA